AUUUGGGUGUGAUAUAUAUUAAAUUGUAUUUUUCACCAUAAUAACAUGAUUUAAAACAUUUAAAUUCUUUACAAGAAUAAAGUGAUUUAUUAUUAUAUUAUUCUGAUCCUGCAUCGCACGAGUAAAAUCUAGUAGCCUACCAAACACACCGCUUUAGUUUUGCCUUUUAGCGCGGCAGCACAAAAAAGGAGGCUCCUCCGUAGAACACAGAGUUCAUUUGGCCGCCAUGGAAGUGGAUUCCGAGAGCAACGGGCUCCUCCAGAGGAAGCAAGCCCUCUACAAAUCCUUGGACGAAAGGUUUGAGAUUCAGAAGUUAACGUACCGGGGUCAACAGUACAGCCAAAUUUAUUUUGCUAGACUUCACUUGAUGAGAACUCUCUUAUACUCUCUUCUCCCAAAUUGGAAACCACAUUUGCCUGUUUGCAAUGUUCUGGGAUUAGAGAUGGGGAAAGAAUGCAUUAUUGUUGGGACCCUCUAUAAGCAUAUGAAGCUUAAACCUUGCAUUCUGGAUGAGUACUCUAAGGGGAGAUCUCCUACACAGCUUAUACAGAGUCAACGUUUCACGCAUCCUGAUGAUAGUUUGAUUAUGGAAGAUGAAAGUGGAAGGGUCAAACUAGGUGGUAGUUUGUUAGUGCCUUUGACAUAUGUAACAGGACUUGUUGUGGCGUUACAUGGAAAAGAAACUGCUGCUGAUGAUUUUCUCGUUGAAGAUAUUUUGGAGGCUGGCCUAGCAGAGCAAAUAGAGCGGCCAUUUCAGUUUGAUGAAGACAAGUAUGUGGUUUUUAUCUCUGGUAUAAGUGUUGGGAGCAGCACCUCCAAUCCCCUACAGUUACAGCUUUUCAUUGAUCAAAUAACUGGGCAUUUGGGGGAUGACAAGGACCACAUGGUUGCAUCUCAAAUUGUUCAAGUAGUCAUUGCUGGAAAUUCUGUCAAAAUUCCAAGUGGGCUCCUAAAUGGUCAGAACUUAGGUUCUAAGGACCAGUCAAUAUUAUCAGAGCCAAUCAAAGAAUUGGAUAUCUUGCUGACUCAGAUUGCAUCAGCCGUACCUUUGGAUAUCAUGCCUGGACCUAGUGAUCCUGCAAAUUUCUCCAUGCCACAGCAGCGUCUGCACAGAUGCCUUUUCCCUGGGUCAUCAAGAUAUAAUACUUUCAGAUCUUGUACUAAUCCCCACGACUUUGUCCUUGACAACCUUAGAUUUCUUGGAACUUCAGGUCAAAACAUAGAUGACCUUGACAGGUACUCGGAAGCAAGAGAUAAACUUGAAUUCAUGGAGCGGACAUUGAGAUGGAGGCAUCUGGCACCCACUACUCCAAAUACCCUUGGGUGCUAUCCAUACGAUGAUAGGGAUCCUUUCUUCAUCGAAUCUUGUCCUCAUGUUUAUUUUGUGGGCAAUCAAGAUAAGUAUGAUACAAGCUUGAUCAAAGGAUCGGAAGGGCAGUUAGUAAGGCUCAUUUGCAUUCCCAGAUUUGCCGAGACAGGUGUUGCCGUGAUGUUAAACAUGAGAAACCUCGACUGCUGCACUCUUAGCUUUGGUGCUCAAAUCAAUACUUAACACGGGGACGGUUGCAUACAGCUUAAAUCAAAAAGUGCAUGCCCAACUUGCCGGGGCUGUUAAUACGGUCCAGGAGGAGGAGACAUUGAAUAAAGUUUCUUUUUCUGCAGUCAUCUCGGAUUAAAUCACUUGUUUUGUACACAUCUUAGCAAUAGCAUUCAUGUUACAAUUGUGAGAUGAGUUUAAUGUGUGUAAAACAUGUUAAGAUGGAUACCCUUUUAUAACGGCAUUGUUUGGAGCGUUGAAUUCAGGCAUUCAGCCCAAGUUUUUUCGCUUCUCUCCAACUCUUCAAGGAAAUGGUUGGGUUUACAGUUUAGCAGUGCUGAUGUGGGGGG